AAGGUCGGCUGACAAGAAGGGAAAAAAAAAAAAAACAAUUCCUUUAAUUAAAUAAUUAAUUUUUAAAUUAAUUAUUAGUGAAGAAAAGAAUACAACCAAAACAAUCGGGUAAAGCAAUUCCAUCCCUGGUUCUUCAAUCAAACCUCUUCCUCAAUCUGAGAUCCAACAAAGAAAGAGAAAGAGAAAGAGAUGGUGUUGUGGGAGUUAACGGUGGCCACCGCUUACUUUUUAGGUUUGAAGAGGACGUACAAGCUCGCUCUCAGGAUCCAGCGCCGCCUCGUCGGCCCCAACCAUCCCAACAUCCGUCUAUUCCUCUACAGGCGCACCCGUAGUGUCUUCGAUAUGGCUGUUAAGGUCCAUAAAAAUGUUCAAGAAAGAGACUUGGAACUUGGAAGAAGCAUUGGGAGCCGAAUUCUUCGGUGGCUUGAUCGCAUGAAACCUUCAGCACAGAUUCGACCUCCUAAGAGCAUACUGGAUACUUCUACCAACAGCGACAAGGCCAAGCAUAUGAUGAACUCUGCAGAGCCGCCUCAGCAAACAUCGAGGCUUGACAUCAAAACUAAAGAACAAGAAUCAAACAAUCGGCUGAAUUUCACACCUCUGAUCAAUAUGCAGAAAAAAAUCACGCCAAUGACGACCACAAUGAUUCAACAACCAAUAAGACCAGCCAGCAUGAGUGAUCAAUACCGUCGCAUAUCAUACAAGAUGCCCGGUGUUUUCAGGAAGGAUAUCGCACUGUGGAUGAUGCACAAUCAAUGAAUUAAAGCUUCUGAAAGUUUUGCUUUCAAGUAACAUCUAGCCUUGCAGAUGAGGUCUUUAAUGAUAAGCCAGCCUUUGUAUUGCUGAGCCUCUCAUUGUCCAAAACACACCUUAGCUAUUGCCCCUAACAUACACAGGCUCAUUUUUUUCAAUGACCAGACUGUGAUACAGGUUAGAGAGCUGGAUUAAUUUUGUAUGUUAUUUGUAGUAAUAUUUGCAGUUGCCAAUGUUGUAUUCUCAAACCAUUUUGAAUGCAAUUGACAUUGUUUAA